CCUAGCAGCGCAUCAGAGGCCUCCGACGUCGAUAUGGUCGACCCAGAACCCGAAGAUGCCGCCGCUGCGGCUGCUGAUCGUGGCGACACCUCUGAUAACCUCCGCUCCCAACCCUGUGAUAGCCAGUGGCUCAUCAAUUGGCUCAAACGAGACGCCUCCACCACGGACGAGGACCUGCGCAUGAUCGACUACAAGGGCUGGCGCAUCCACGCGCCCAAAUUCCAGCUCAUCCGUAUCAAGAACUUCCUCGCGGACGAGGACAUUGACCGCACACUCAACUGGGAGCGCAAAUUUGCCGAAAUUGGCGAGUUCUUACAGCACUGCAUCAGGAUGAGAAACGUCACGGAAAAGGACUGGUACGUCGACCUACGCGAAGCAAUCUCCAUGCUCCACACGCACGCAAUCUUGGAAGAGCACCAUUACGGCAAGAAGAAACUCGUUGUCGAUUUUCCCAAAAUGAGCACUACCAGCACGCGACUGCCGCCGCUGCUCGACGGGCGCGACCUCGUCAUUGAGAAGAGGCCGAGAGAUCCGGUGCGGCCUCGCUACCUCUUGCACCGCGUGCCCGAGUCCGUUCAGGAUGUCGACUACCAGAUCCCCGGACCGCUCCUACGGAUGACGUUUAUGAAGUGGCUCCGCGAGGACGGGAACCUCGUCUGGGCCACGAACCCGAACAGCGAGAUGCCCGGCUCAGGAGAACGCGGAAAGACGUUCAACUACCAACCAGACUUCAACAUGGCGCUCACGGAAGACGAGUGGUUCGACAAGUGCAUGAGCGGAGGGCCCGAGACGACCUCGGACAAACUUCACGACGAGGCCAACUUUUAUCUCCUCAUGAAUGAGUACGUCGGCGGCGAGGUCGACGAGGUUAAGCGAGACGACGGUAAAACGUACAAGAUGCAGAGACACUACCCCGAAGGCGAGGCACAGCAGCGCUUCGCACGUUUUCGAGGCGCGAAGCGCGCGGCGCUGCAGCAGUGUCUCUCGCAUUUCAACAGCGACGAGAACGUGGCGCUCGCGAGCCCCUUUCGCAAGCUGGUGCUACCGCCUACGAAGAGGGAAAGGGCGGCUGUGUUGGCUGAUGCGAAGCGGGAUAUUGUGUACAAGCCGCACUCUGUCAAGGCGCCGCCGCGGGGGGUCAAGCUUGAUCCGCUUGGUAUCACGUACUGGCAUAACCGGCUGCAGGUCACCAAUCUCGAUCGCGCGGAUCGGUUAUGGAAUCAGACGCUGCGCAUCCAUGAGCAGAUGCUAGAUGACAUGGGGAUUCCCAAGGACACGGUUCAGCUCCCCAAACAGCUGUACAGCCCCGUCACACCUUACAACUUCAUGAAGGACAGCGAGAGGGGUGUGCUGUCCUGGUUCCACCACCUGCGCACCCUCCGCGAGAAGCUGACGCGGGCGUACAAGAAAGAUCCGCGGGAGAUGCUCGAGGGCGUGGUCAAAAACAUCGAAUACGGUUUCCAGGGGCGGCCCUCGUGGGACAUGGAUGAGGUAAUCGCUGCUCUCCGGGAGAAGAACGGCGGCAACUGCGGGCCCUUCCAAAGAUUCGAGCUCCAGUGGCUGGAGUUUGUCUGCGGGCCCUCCACGACGGUCAAGGCUCAGCGGGAGGUGCUUCCGAAGCUGGGGCGCGAUUUUGAUGUGUUUGUCGCGCGUAUGCAGGCGUUGCUGGACGAGCCGAGCCAAGCGUGUCUUUUUGCGGAGCAGGAUCGGAAGUUUACGCUGCAGCAGGUAGCUAUGGCUCUCAAUUCUGGAAUUCGCAAGGGUGAUUACAUCUUCAACGAGGAUUGGGUGAACAAGUACAGUAAGGUACUUGCGGAGUGUGGAAGACUCGGCUACGAACGCUCAGAAACCGGCGAGGUGUCGAUAAGCCGACCCAAGAACGACUGGCACCCAGAACACCGCAUGAACUGGGACAUCACCAACGACUGGACCAGGGAAACGAAUUCAAGCAAGAAUAACUACCACCGCAACAACGUCCCGGCUCCCUUCGACGCAUGGGCAUGGUCCUCAGCUUUCGCCCACGUGGACCAAAUCAACUUUACUCGCACGCUGACGAAGGAGCUCCUCUGGGCCCUCGGCUACCGCCUCGGCGUCAGGCUCGCCGCGCUGGCCAAGAAUAUUCCCAUACUCAACCAGCGUCUCAACCACGGCAACGACUGGGAGUAUCGCAAGACGCAGCUUCAGGAUAUACUAGGCAUGUGGAGCAGCAGCUUCAAGCGGGACAGAACGGGGGAUGAUGACAUGGCCACGCCGCGAGUGUCAUACAAGAGCGUCGUGAAGGCGGGCGACCCCGGGAAGUGGACGGAGGAGAUGACGGAGGAGGAGGCGCGUGAGGUGGUGCGCAAGGGAAUCAUCGACGAGCUCUCGCGGGGCGACGGAACGUUAUGGCCCAGUCGGCCGCGGUGGUUCCACAAUCUGGAGGAAAACAAGCGCAUCGUGACGCUGCACCGCGAGCGGAUCUGGGAUUGGGCGCUGCCCGGUGUGUGUGGGAAGAAGAAGCGGCAGUUCUUUUCGAUGAAUCGGUGGCCGGUGCAUUUGCAGAGUAAAGAGCGACAGGAGGAAAUCAGGAGGAGCGUAACGGACGAAAGGGUACGGAAGCAGGCUGAGGCGGACGAGCUGCGGACGAAGAUGGUGAAGCUGGAGGCGAGCGUGAUGCCCACUCCGGAUGAGAUUCGUCAGGGGCAGAUGGAGCAGAUGCUUUCAGUGCCGUAUCAUGUGGGCGACGACCGGAGAACGAAGUUUUUCCCUGGUGUGACGGAAUAUUGGGGCGGCGAUACCCAGUCGCAGAGGCGGAAUCUUGAGCAACGUCUGGAGACGAUGCUUAAUGAAGAGCUAUAUCCCAGCGACGGCAUUGCGCCUCGCGGAACGGGAUGGAUUAGUCGCGAGACGGUCCAGACGCCCGGUAGCGAAUCCCAUGAGACGGUGGAGAUUGAUCCGGACAUGGUGCCGAGAAGCAUUCCGGCCCGGGUUCCCUCGGGAAGAAGAAUGUCGUCGGCGGCGGGUGGGGCGGACGCGGGGGAUACUCGGCCGGCGCCGGCGACGAACCGGGGUUUGUUCCCGCCGCGGCAAACACGGCGGCAGAGUGGGCGACGAGUAAGACUCAACGUCGCGGAUCGGGAAGGUAGCGAUUCUGAGCAGUAGGCUUGGUUGAAGUGAGGAUUCCUUGUUCAUUCUUUGCUGUCUUCGGCGUCCGGACGGGAGUGAAUAGAGUGUGCUUUGUACUCUAAGAUCCGCGUAUCAUUUUCCUAUCACACCUUACUUGAUUGGAAUGUGCACUCCAACUGUGUGACAUGUACUCGGGUGUCGUUAGUGAGCCUAGGUAUUGAGCGAGUGUUACCACACUGCGCUAUGCGGGGCCCAGAUCUGUUUUCAAAGUAAGGUUAUUGUCAAUUGUCCGUUGAGCAUGGCUUAGACUAAUAUCACGUUUCGGAGAGCCUUGAUAAUUAUUUUGUCGUGCAUCCGGACGA